AUGUCACGAUCAAUUUCAACUGAAGAUAGGAUUAGUGCUCUACCAGAUCCAAUUAUAUGGCACAUCCUAUCUUUUGUUCCAACCAAAACUGCUGCAAUCACAAGCAUUCUAUCAAAGAGAUGGAACCCAUUAUGGCUAUCAGUUCUUAUUCUUCACUUCGAAGACGAAACCUUUCAAAACAUGGAAUCCUUUAGCCAUUUUAUGUCCUCUGUUUUUCUCUUACGAGAUAUUACUUUACCCAUUAGAUCGUUCCACCUCAACCGUUCAAAACGUUAUGGCAUUGAGACACAGAAUAUCAAUCGAUUUGUUCACGCUAUUGCACAACGUGGAAUCGAGAACCUCAAUCUUGAACUGUCCGGCAGUAUAACAUUACCUCGUAGCGUUUUCAGCUGUAGGACCCUCGUUGUUCUUCAUUUGCAAUGGAUUACAGUGAAAGACCUUUCUCAACUGGUUGUGGAUUUUCCUCUCCUAAAAACUUCACUUGUUUGGUGUACUUUUGGAACGUGCUGA